CAUCCGGCUCAAAGCUCAGGCCGAGGCGGCAGCAGCAGCAGCAGCCAGCAUCGCAAUCCCAGUCGUCGGAGCACUCGCAAUUUCCCGUGUACAGCUGCCUACCCUCCCUCCCUCCCUCUCUCCCGCUACACCCACGCGCCCACCUACCCAAAAGAACCUCGCGGCCUCCUCCCUUCCGCGGCGCCACCACCACCUCGUCGGAAGACUAGCACAAGCACAUCGAUCGGCGGCUAACCCCCAGCAGCACCAAGGCGGCGAUGGAAAUGGACGCCGCUGUGGCCGCGAAGAGCGGCGGAGUGACCGGGGUCGUCGCGGCGGCGGCCGCGCAGGCCGGGAUGAACGGCGGCGAGAGGCGGUCCCGGUUCCAGCGCAUCUGCGUCUACUGCGGCAGCGCCAAGGGCCGCAAGCCCAGCUACCAGGACGCCGCCGUCGAGCUCGGCAACGAGCUGGUGGAGAGGGGCAUAGACCUGGUCUACGGGGGAGGUUCCAUCGGCCUCAUGGGGCUGGUCUCUCAUGCCGUUCAUGAUGGAGGUCGCCAUGUGAUUGGGGUCAUCCCAAAAUCCUUGAUGCCCAGAGAGGUAACUGGGGAACCUGUUGGGGAAGUAAGGGCGGUCUCUGGCAUGCAUGAGAGGAAGGCCGAGAUGGCUCGGUUUGCUGAUGCCUUCAUAGCAUUACCUGGUGGCUACGGAACUCUGGAAGAGCUACUUGAGGUCAUCACCUGGGCGCAACUAGGAAUCCAUAAGAAGCCAGUUGGGCUUCUGAACGUGGAUGGAUUCUACGACCCGUUGCUGUCCUUCAUCGACAUGGCUGUGAACGAAGGAUUCAUCAAGGAGGACGCUCGGCGCAUCAUCAUCUCAGCUCCCACGGCGAAGGAGCUUGUUCUGAAGCUUGAGGAGUAUGUUCCGGAGUACGAGGUCGGUUUGGUGUGGGAGGAUCAGAUGCCGGCUGCUGUGGCCGCCACGGCCGCGCAUGGGUUCGCCCCGGAGCUGGAGCCCGGGAUCGCCUCCUCCUGAUCAUGAGGACGUCGGCUGGCCUACCCACCCUAACCAGAUUCAGACCGACGGCCGGCCCAAAGUAGUAGGCAUCUUCUAUCUAGUAUAAUAAUCUAACAAAGAAGAUUGGGACGUUGUCUUAGCUCUAGCCUCAGAUCAGUUGAGCCUGUCAAUUUGUUCUUUUGGGACGGAUGGAUGACAGUGUCUACUUAGUAGCAUCAUUAGCCGCAGUGCAAGUGCAUCUCUGUAAUGUCUGUCAUUGCUGCUCCUUUUGGUUUUGGCUUUUGGUCCUAGAAGUAGGAAGGAAGGCAUGGUUUGUA